CACUCAACACAUCGUCUUCAAAGAGGCGUACAGUGCUGUGCUGUGUCUUUGAUCACCGGACUCUCGACAUCCUUUUACUUUUUUUUUUCCCCCGUGCGAUUUCCACAUACUAUUUCACAGAAAAGCCACUCGUUUUAGUCUAUGGGAAUCAGACAUAACAGCCAGUCUUCAUUUUAUUCUCAUCCCGGAUAUUGUUGACUAAUCCCACGAGAGAUGACGAGACUUUGGAUUACUUUUUUGCAGUUUCUAACCGGCAUUGCUCGCAGAUAAUACAACGUCAACGUCCGAUCGCCUCCUGACACACAAAAACGACACAUUUGCCAUGAAUGAGUAGACGCACUCUUGCUUGCGCGCUUUGUGCAGAGCGCGCACAUACAGGAGCAAUGUGACAGGAGCUCUCUUCCCAAUGUUUUAACAGGAAUUUGACAAGUGCUGCCGUCCUGUGUUAUUCUUAACUUUACCGAGAACCUGAAUGAGGAUGCACUGGAGCUGAAAGUCUGGGACGACAACCGCAGAAAAUAUCUCAAGCGAGCGGACCUCCACUCCACGGCCGAGUUAUGAUGAGUCCUGCCGGGGUAAUGUGUAUCCUACUCCUGGUGUGUUGUCUGCUCCCCGGCGCCUCCUGGGCAGCGACUCUAAGCGGAUUGCAAGACACUAUCAUAGGUCCAGAGGUGUUCAGGGCUGUGGCCAACUUCAGCACGUUCCUCUUGGAUCCUACGUCUGGCGUGCUUUUCCUGGGUGCCAGAGACACCAUAGUGGCAGUAGACACCAAGAAGCUGACUGAGACACCACGCACGGUGGUUUGGGACGUACCGCAGGAGGGCAGGAACAUAUGUAUGAUGAAAGGAAAGACAGAGGAGGACUGCCGCAACUACAUCCUCCUAUUGGAGUUCCACUCAGACGGACAGCACAUCUACGUGUGUGGCACUUAUGCCUUUGACCCAAAGUGUGCCUUUCUGGAGAUUUCCUCCUUCACUAUAAAAAAAGAUGUGGAUGGGCAAGUGAUCAUGGAGAUGGGGAGGAAGAAGGUGCCCUUUGACCCCAGGAAGCCCUUCACAGCUGUUAUGACAGGUGGACUUCUGUACGCCGCCACCUCCAUCAACUUCCGCAGCACAGAAUUCGACAUCACCCGGGCAACGGGGCCCGAGCAAAAGCAGAUCCGAAGCGAACAAAAAGUGUACUGGCUUGACGAACCCGAUUUCGUGAGCUCAGCUGUUGUGGAGCUGUCGGCCGACAACAACGUGACGGGAGAGGACGACAGGAUCUACUUCUUCUUCAAUGAGGCAGCCAUGGAGUACACAUUCUAUUCCAAAGUGAGAGUGCCCAGAGUGGCACGGGUGUGCAGGUCUGACGUGGGAGGGCUGAGGACGCUGCAGCAACACUGGACCACCUUCCUCAAAGCAGAGCUGGUGUGCGAGGACAAACUCAGACAUCAACGCUACGACAUCCUGCAGGACGUUUUCACCGUGCGACACUCGGCCCAAGAAGCCGGCAGCACACACUUUUAUGGCCUUUUCACCACACAGUGGGAGCCUGAGCAGUCAGCAGUGUGUGUUUUCAGUGUGGCCGACAUCAUCAGAGUAAUGAACGGGCCAUUUAAAAAGCGCAUUGACAAAACAGACACACCCACACCUGUGGGCUCGCCGAGGCCUGGCCAGUGCCUGAACAGCGCUCUUAAGGCCGAGGGCUUUGACUCAUCCCUGAAAAUCCCAGACAACCUGUUGGCAUAUGUGAGGAAUCACCCCCUCAUGCAGCAAAGUGUCAACGCGGCGCCCCUGCUGGUCAGGAAGGGAGUCAAGUACACCAAACUGGCUGUCACACUCAUGGGCCACAGCGAGGGCCAAAGAGGAGCAAUUAUGCACCUUGGAACAGACUAUGGUGAGCUCCACCAGGUGGCAGUAAUGGGCGAGAAUGCCACCUUACUGCGGGAAAUUCCUUUAUUUGACGCAACAGAGCCUGUCAACAAUAUUUUCCUGCACCAAGGUUGGGCUCUGGUGGGCAGCCCCCGGUCUCUUGCUCGCAUACAAUCUGAAGAGUGCACAGUCUAUUUUAGCUGCAAAUUGUGUGCCAGAGUCCGAGAACUGGGCUGUGAAUGGGACCCAAGCAAGGGAACCUGCAUGUCCUCGAUGGUGCCGCCUGGUAGUGGCGAUUUCAUAGAAGACGCCUUGAGGAGAUGUGAUGCCCAGGAGGGACGUUGUUCCCCAGUCAUCAAGGAACUACGCGUUUCCCUGGGUCUGCAUCUCCUGUUGCCGUGCGCCCAGUUGUCCCCCAGGCCAUGUAGCUGGGAGUACCCCCCCCACAGUCUCACCAAGCAGCGUUACCCAGACCUAGAGGUGACUGUCACCAAGGACGGUCUGGGAAGUUAUGUUUGCACAUGUCAGGAAGGACAAAUCCAUGACCCCGCCCCCUGCCGUAGAGCAGCCUAUCAGUUGACGUUAGAGGACCCAAGCACUGCAGGAGCCAUAGGGGGAUGCACACGCCACGUGGUUGCCUUCUACAUCCUCUUCUUUUUCGGGGGUUUGGUAUUUGGGGUGCUGCUCUUCCACUUUGCAAAACGUCGCCACUCGAGUAGCACAUGCGACCACCUCCCUCCGGGGAAGGGGCGGGACAUGCUUGGCUCUUCUGCCACACCACAGUCGCCAUGCAGUACUAGCCUGCUCCAUGAGGGAUUCCGGCUGACUGAAAAACGUAACGGGAUAGCGUCUACAACCACGGGCAAUGGCAGUCACCAUGGAAACAAUAUUAGCGGCACACCGACAUGCAACAAAGCCAUAAACGGGAGCGGAAACACCUCAUAUACCAAUUACAAUAUUUUAUCAGUAGACGUUCUAGACGGACGGACUGCGAGAAGGGAGGGAGGAGAGAGGGAUGCUCAAAUGGACGAGGACCUGGGGGAUGGGAUAGCAGGAUUAGAGGAAGAGCUUGCCAGCUUUCCCAUGUUUAAAUCUUCAGCACCCCUCGCUCCAUGUGAAGAAAGCUCCAUUUGAUGUCAGCAUCUUCGUCCCAAUGGAAGCCACUCGGAGCAGAAAGGGCGCCCACAGUGUUGUCACUGCCUUUGGAUGGUGUCAUGGAGAGACCCCAGAGAUAAAAAUGAAAAAUCAUACGUUAGCUCUAAUAAUAAGACACCAGAGAAAAGCGGGGAGAUACACUGUACGUCACAACAAUCGUGCUAAUGCAGACAUGGGCAUGACCCUCAUGUGCUGGAGCAUGACGGAAGGACAGGCAAUGGCCAACUCCUCCUUACACUCUCUUUUCUCCAAAGAGCACUGAAAAACAGAAGUUUGACAUUCAAUGCUUCUGUCACUCCCAAAAGGCACCAAAGGACUGCUGAGCGAUGGACUGAGUGGUUUGCUCUUUGGUGUGAGACCAGCAAAACCUGCCGGUACCGGGUUCUUCCUCCGCCUGCUGAGGAUGACGAGUUUGACGCCCAAGUGGAAGAGGACAAAAAUCCACUCACCCUUCUUCCCUUUGUGUUAUUGUAUUGUCUGUUUUUUUUUCUAAUAAAUCAGAAAACAUUUCCAAACCAGAAGAGAAGUUAAUGUAAGAAAAGCAACAUGCAAACAUGCCACUUUAGUCAUCUGUAAUUACAACAAGCAUGUAGAGGCGUCACGAGGCACCCACCUCAUGAGACGAGACAAUACACGAGAUUGGGUCCGCAAGAACGAGAAGAGACAAGAUUUUGACAUUACCUUUAAGAAAAAUACAAUGAAAAAAAAAUAUUACUGUAUAUAAAUUAAUAUAUGGCUGGACAAACAAACUGUUUAAGUCACAAAACAAUGCAGGUGCAGUUUUUCCCACAAAUUGAUGCUAAAUGAUAUUAUUGUCAACACUGAGGCCAAAUAAUCUAAUGUUAUGAUAGUAUAUAAUAAUAAUGACAUCAUAAUAAUGCAAUAUUUCCUUUAAUUUUUCAUCUUUCACUCAGUACAGUUGUGGAAUUGGCAUUUGGAUGGCGUUGGAUACUGCUUUAUCACGUUUGUUCAACUUUCCCUUUCAAUUCGGUAUCAAAUUAAUAUGCAGAUUUAAAUCAUGGCAAUUGCAAGGGGACAAAAGUGAAGCUCAAAUUCAACCCGUUCAAAGGGUCCCAACAGCCGACUGAAAUAAAAGAUAUGUAGGAUGAAUACUUACUUUCUUCAUCUCCAAGAGAAAUUCUAUUUAUCAGUACUCAUGUAAAACAUUUUUAACAAAAUUUGACGAUGCACAAUACACAUGUUUGAACCAGAAUUACUUUAUAUAAAUUAAUUAACCAAUUAAUCAUGUUUAAUAUUUCUAUUUAAUGAAAUGUAAAAAUGCUUUAUGUUUUGUAACUGUGCAACAGUAAGGGGUACAUGGCUUCAAGACAAAUGUCUGAAGGGGUACGUGACUGUAAAAGUUUGGGAACGACUGGUUUAGACAAAGUCUCAAUAAUUUAGUUACAGUGCUCCCUCGUUUAUCGCUGCGAUAAGUUCCCAAAAAUAGCCAGAAAUAAGUGAAAUCUCCGAAGAAGCCACCUUUUUUGUUUGUUUACAAUUAUAUAUGUUUUAAGGCUGUAAAACCCCUCACAAUACACUUUAUACACAUUUCUCAGACAGGCAAUAACUCACAUUUCUCACAUUUUAAACACUCAAAUUUCAUUUGAACUUUAAUGAUCAAUCUACUAGAUUGGACACAAUAAGUGACUCACCAUAUUCACUCCUCUGACCAUGCUUUGUCUUGGCGCCUUCGGCUGUAGCAUUUUUGUAUCCUUAUUAAAUCAUUGCUCCUGCCCUCCUCGUCCUCGUCCUACUCCUUGAACAGAUUAAUUUAAAAUUAAUUUAGUUGGUUUAUUUUCUUCUUCUUUUGUUUAUUGGCGGUUAGCAAGCAGCCCCUGCAGUUUGCUAGCACGAAGGAGAUUGAAUGACAAUAGUCUGCAGCCAAUGAGGACGCAGAACACAAUGGAGGGUUCUCCCUUAGCCAAUAAGGACUGUUGUGGCCCUAUAUUUGGCUUCAAUUGUCUGCUGUGGGUUGUUAAUUGCUCGUGCAAGCACGUAAACAGACUUAGGUGGAGCUGCACACGUCUUCAACAUGAGUAUACAACACCCUCUACUGGCAACAGUAGUAAAUAGAAUAGCAUGCAUGCAACAGCACCAAUAGACCCUUCAAAUACACUACAAGGACGCAGAACUCAAUGCAUGUUCAUAUGCUGUUAAAAAAAAUAUUGCAAAUUGCACUUAAAAACACUUGGAAAGGCGAAUCUGUGAAAGUGAAAGAAAUGUGUUCAUUUGAGGGAAUUGUGGGGCUGGCUGUUCCAACAGUUGAAGUGGAUGACUUUCGGAGGGCCGCGAUGAAUUGCUUUUCUGGUAGGCUACUGUUUAGCCUUAUUACACACAUUGUUCGGCGCUGUUUGGGGAAAAGAGCAUUUAUUUAAUAAAAAGUUUUUAAAAAAUCUUUGUGCAACACCUUUUUGUGUUACAACAUGAGCACCUGCAUCUUAUUGGUGCAGCCUAUAUAUAUACGAAUCGUUUUUCUUUAAAUUUAGUGGGUGCGGCUUAAAAACCGGUGCUGAAAUUACACUAUAUUGAACGCCGAUCUAUAAAGCGCCUAGGCGCUGAACCAAUGCAGAGUGAACCGUCUUCCUGCCUGUUUGGAGGCGAGAGACGAGGAGAAAACACACAUUCACAUGGCAAUAUAUGGAGAGACAAUCCACUUAAGGCACAUUUUCCAAUUUGAUGAAACUAAAAUAAAAGCUUGUGACUUAUGAAACUGCUUUGCUUAAUGAUUGGUAAUUGGAAGUACUGUAUGUUACACUCAACUGGGAGAGGUUGAAUGAGCCAAACCUGUUCUUCUGCUGUGCACUAAUUGCGGUCAAAAAGCCCAACUCUUGCACAUGUAAUGCAAAAUGAAAAUCCAUAUUUCACCUAUUCCACAUAAUAAAUCUUAGGGGUUUUUUAGUAUUAUUUUUUUUGUAUUAUUAUCUCGUACUUGACCAUCUCUGGGUGGUCAUCCCUUGACAAUCUCACAGAAAGGCGGACUAAACCGUGCCUCUGAGUCAAUAGUC